AUGUAUCGUUUGGGUAUGGCUGAAUUAAAAGGUGAACUUGGUUUAUCAAAAAACCCUAGAGAUGGCGUAAAGUGGCUUAAAAGAUCUGUUGAAUCAGCAAAUGAAGAAUUCCCACAUGCUUUACAUGAAUUAUCUGAACUUCAUGAGAAAGGCGUUGAGAAUAUCGUAUUUGUAGAUGCUGCACUCUCGAUUCACUACUACACAAUUGCUGCUCAACAAGAUCAUCGUGAAGCUUGUUUUGCAUUAACAGCUUGGUACCUUGUUGGAAGUCCUGGUGUGUUACCACAAAGUGACACAGAAGCAUAUUUAUGGGCCAAACGUGCGGCUGACAAAGGGUUGCCAAAAGCUGAAUAUGCCGUAGGAUAUUUCACUGAAGUUGGUAUUGGGGUUAAAAAAGAUCAACUAGAAGCUAAUAUUUGGUAUCGUCGUGCUGCUGAACAUGGUGAUAAAAAAGCUCAACAAAAAUUAAAGGGUAUACCGAUUGAUGAUAAUAAAAAGAAAAAAGAUGAUUGUGUGAUUUCUUGA